AUGAAGACAGCCACCGAAAAGCAAGAGUUUGCUGAUCAAGAACUUGGGAUCACCACGCCCAGCCAAGCAAGCGCGGGAGAAGAAUUCAUUGUGGCGACCGCAGAGGCCGUGGGCCAGGAGCUCGUGCCAAGUGAAUUCUGCAAAGCACCGGUGGCCAUCGCCGGAGCUACAGCGGCCAACCUGAAGUUCAAUCCGUUUGUGACCUCUGACCGGAGCAAGAACCGUAAGAGGCAUUUCAACGCACCUUCCCACAUUCGCAGGAAGAUUAUGUCUUCCCGUCUUCCCAAAGAGCUGCGACAGAAGUACAACGUUCGAUCCGCGGGCAUCCGGAAGGACGAUGAAGUACACGUUGUGCGAGGACACUACAAAGGUCAGCAAAUUGGCAAAGUGGUCCGGGUUUGCAGGAAGAAAUACGUCAUCUACACCGAACGAGUACAGCAAGAGAAGGCCAAUGGCACAACUGGCCACGUGGGCAUCCACCCCAGCAAGGUGGUUAUCACUGCACCACAACUGGACAAAGGCCGCAAAAAGAUCCUUGAACGCAAAGCCGAAUCUCGCCAAGUACUCGCCAAUCGAGAAGGUGUGGGAAUAAAGUAA